AUCUUAAAUUAAGAAAUGGUUCAUCAAUUAGGUGAUUUCUGGUCACUAAGAAUCAAAAAUUUAAAUAAUAAAGAUAAUUAGAUGAUUAUUUUGUUUAUAUAUAACGAAAGAAAAAGUAUAAAAGUGAGAUGAUUUUCGUAAAAAUUAAUAAUUAAAAAUGGAGACAUGCAGUUCAGAUAAAAUCUGUUUCAAAAAUAGUAAUCAUGAUGAAACUAAACCUAAUAAAAAUCUGAGUAUUUCCAAGCAAAAUGAAAAGGUCAUAAUAACAGUGAACCUGAUUUCUUUACACGCCCAUCUCUGAAUCAACAGAAUCAGAGACUUGGAGAAAGAUAAUGCUCAACUUUCAUCAAAUUUUGUUGUUAAUAAUGUUAUAAGUGCUAUCAUGAACGAUAAUGAAGAAGAUAGUAACAACUUAGAACAAAAUCUUGUAAGUUUGAGUCUCAAUGAACUUGAGGCCAUGUUUCAGAGGAGUGAGGUUCAUUCUAGUGAAUUUCCAACUAUUCAUUUAUCGAUAUAUAAAGUCUUCAAUCCUACUGCACAAUUCCAAGUAUUAAAACAUUCAGAUUCCUUCUUUCCCAAACUUCACGAAUACGCUUGAUAUAUAACUGCAAAAUGUCCUUCGUAUACUGUCAUAUUGGAUUCUAAUGGGAGAGGGGCUGAGGUUUCAACCGUUUUAAGUAUUACAUCUGAAUUAUGAUUAGUGAACCAUGAAACUAAGGAAGGAAUGGUUUUCUGAUACUGUUCUCUUUCUAAGCAAAUUGAAGCACCAAAGAGAGUCUGAACAAGGUUUCUUAGAAGUCUAGAGAUUUUAAAUUCGAUUGAGGGUUUGGAAGAAGAUUUCUUUGAUAACCCCACUCUCUUGUCCCUAGUCCAAUAACCUUCCAAAAGCAGCCACUUACUUCUUCUGAGCACCCUGAGACAAAAUAAAUUUAACUUUCUGUUAACCCUAAGUUC